CUCUUUCUCUACUCUUUGGACUCUAUACUGUUGGUUUUCCCUCCCCAACUUAUAACCAGUUAGUUGGUUAAAGGAGCCAAUCUGGCCAAACAUUGACUUCCUCCAAACCUGGAAAGUGUCUAAAAAUAAAAUUAUUCAACAAUGAUUCCGCAAGGAACUGGUGGGAUUGUUGAAAGUAAAUCAAUUGCCGCCGUUAAAGCUCGAAAUGUUGUUUACAUUCGUUCUGCUCAUCAAACAAUUUUAAAUGAUCUAAACUUGUUAGUACCAAGUGGAAGUGUUUACGGUCUUAUUGGACCCUCUGGUUGUGGUAAAACUAGUUUCCUUCGUGUUCUUGUGGGAUAUAAAAAGCCAACUUCGGGAUGCAUCCAAGUGUUUGGAUUAGAACCAGGUUCGCCUGGUCUAGGUAUUCCUGGACCAAAUAUUGGUUAUAUGCCUCAAGAUGUUGCUCUUAAUAGUGAUUUAACCAUCAUUGAAAUGCUCGUUUACUUUGGGCAUAUUCAUGGUUUAUCAAACGGUGAAAUGAUUAAACGUAUUAAAUCUCUACUAGCAUUACUUGAACUUCCUUCUGGUGACCGGUUAAUUGGUGAUCUUAGUGGUGGACAACAACGUCGAGUAUCAUUUGCAUGCACAGUUCUUCAUAGACCUAAAUUACUGAUCCUCGAUGAACCCACAGUUGGUGUUGAUCCUCUUUUACGAGAAAAAAUGUGGAGCUACAUCAACUAUUUAACAUCCACUUUUGGUGCAACUGUUAUUAUAACUACUCACUACAUUGAAGAAACUCGACGAGCCGAUGUGGUCGGUUUUAUGAGAAAAGGUCGAAUCUUAGAAGAAGAUAAUCCUUCUCGUAUCAUCACAAAAUACAAUACAUCUUCCUUAGAAGAAACUUUUGCUUGUCUCUGUAGAGAAGACAAAAUGCGAAAAGCAUUAUCUAUUCCAUCGGUGCAUAAUAACAAUAAUGUUACUGAAUCCAAUUCAGUUGAAUCCUUUAACCACUCUUCCUCUUCACCCUCUUCAUCAACCUGGUCAUUAUCAUCAAUGUUUACCAAUUCCGAUUAUUGGCGAAUUCAGAAAGCUGUUAUGAACAGGAUUUUUUUACGAUUUUACAAAAUGAAACCUGCUUUUUAUGGAUCAGGGUUAAUUUUAUUUUUCAUCAUAACAAUUUAUGGACUAUUCUAUGGACGGACUCCUCGAGGAUUAAGAUUAGGUUUAAUCAACGAUGAGAAACCUGCUAAUCAAAGUCUACUUUUCCUGCAAUCAAUUAAUCCUGCUCAUUUAAAUAUUCGACCCUAUCAAAGUCUUGAUCUCGCUAUAGAUUCCACGAAGAAAGGGAUAAUUCACGGGUUUAUCCAUAUUGGGGCAAAUUUUUCUGCCACAAUUCGAUCCAAACUUGUGCCUUUUGACGAUAAUAAUGGCUAUUAUUAUGCUAAUGGAAGCAUUGUUAAUAGACUAAGUCAACAAUUAAAUUCAUCUCUAAUCACAUUUCAUGGUGACCAUACCAACAUUGUCUUAGUAAUAACAAUAUUCCGAUAUUUACUAUCUGCUUAUCGUGAAUUUACUCUGAAAGCAGCUCAUCAACUUGCUUUGAACCCUAAACUGACUGACUUACCUAUUCAAUUAGGAGAUAUAAUCUAUGGACCUCCCGACCUUGUCAAUCCUGCUAAUGAUGCCGAUCGUAUUGAACAAUUGAUGAAUAACAAUGAUGAUAUAUUUGGUGUAUAUCAAUUCAUUUUACCCGUUUUCACCGUUUACCUUGUUUUUGUGCAUUCAGUCAACUUUUCAUUAUUCAGUUUAAUGAGAGAAAAACUGGACAAUAUGUUUGAACGCAAUUAUGCUGCUGGUAUAACAACCAACCAACUACUUAUUGGACAUUUCGUGGUCUACUUUGUAACCACAGGAGUCCAUGUUGUUACACUUUUCCUCUUUCUUUUAUACAUACUCAAAGUUCCCUGCCAAGGUUCAAUUGUACUUGCCUGUUUUAUCCUGUUGCUUCAAGUAGCUUCUGGAAUCACAUCCACUUUCAUCUGUGCCCUUUUCUCGUCCGGCAUCGGUAACAUGUUCAUAUUUACCACUGGUUUCAUGUUGGCCUGCAUGUUUGUCGGAGGUGUCCUUUGGCCUUACGAAGCUUUACCUUAUUACAUGAGAUCUUUCCGUUAUUUCACACCUUUUUCAACUUCACCUGAAGCUUUUAUUGGAGUAAUGGUAAAAGGACUUUCCUUUACUCAUCCCACAGUCUAUCUUAACCUGGUUGCUCCGUUCAUCUACUUCAUCAUUACUUCAUUAAUCUCAUUCUCAGCCUUCUCAUAUUGAGCAAAUAAUCCUGAUCAUAAUUGAAAGUCAAAAUUACGGGUUGAACUGAAAUUUUUCAGAUGGAAACCAUGAAAAGAAUCAAUUGUAAAUCAAGCUUUAAUCCUUGAUUACUGUACCUUUUUAAGUAACCCAAUUCACCUGUAAAAUAUCUGUUUAAUUUAUAUUUUCAUUUCUUAUGUUUAUUCAUAUCAAUGUCACGCUCAUUAAUUUAUUGUCAUAAUGGAAGUUCCAUUGUUUUUUCAUUUGCCUUUUAAUACAAACGCAUUGAUUGGUUUUACAAUCAAUCCAAAUUGAGAAAUAAAUAAAUUAAAAAUUGAAUUAUGAUUCAUCGAGCUUCCAACAUUUGACUUUAAUAUAAAAUAGAAGCCCAAGGUGUUAAUAAACACAUUUAUUUAACUUAAAUUUACAGUUAAUUAUAAUUGAAACU